GUUUUGAAAUGGUUAAUAAUAAUAAUGAUAGUGGUACACUAGUCACUAAGGUAUAACAUAAUACUAUGAAUUCACUUAAUUUAGAUGCAAUCUAUCAAGCUAAACGUUUAUUCAAUGAUAAUAUCUCUUUUAUAUAUCAUAGUACUAAUUAUUCUGAUUUAAAAUUAAAUGAAUUACUGAAUAGAAAUUUGACAUUAUUUUGGACAACUAUGCAUCAAUGUUUAGAUUUAAAUGACUUAAUACAACAACAAGUGAUUUUAUUAAAUCAUUCUAUUGUCAUAGCAACUAUAAAUCAAACUAGUCAUAAUUUAUUUGCAUCAACACAAUUACAAUCAUUAUAUACAUGGUGUAAUUUAGGUAGAUCAACAUGGUUUACUAAUGUAUUUACAUUAAUGCAUCAUAAUUCAUGGCAAGAGAAAGUAUCUAUUAAAUUACAAAAAUAUUUAUUACCUAUAUUAUUAUUCAUGAAUUGUUUAAGUCUUCUAACAUCUAUAACAGGUAUUUAUCAUCUAUGUAAAUUAUCCAAUAAAUCUAAUCAAAAGAUCAUGAUCUUAAUGAGAUGUCAAUCUAUUAUAGAAAAUUAUUUCCCAGCAACAUGGCCAUUAUUAUUAUGGUAUUGUAUUAUUGGUUUAUUAUGGUUAUUAUUAAUAUUUGGUUUAAAUAUGAUGACAUCACAUCAAUAUUUCAAUAUUCAUAUUAGUAUGCACAGUCAUGAUAAUUAUUGUCGUAUUAUAACUUAUUUAAAAAAUAUAUUAAGAUAUAUACCAACAUGGUUAAUGAGUUUGAUGUUAUGUGAUCGAGCUAUUGGUGAAUAUCGUAAUCGAAAUCAUAUUUAUACAAUGAUCAUAUCAUGUAAUCAUCAUGAUGAUUCAAUAAUCAAUAAAAAUCGAUUAAAUCAAUUAUCUAGUCAAUAUUGUAAUCAAUGUAUUACUAAUCAAUCAAUCAAUAAUCAAUUAAUAAUCCCUAAAAUAAUCUAUAAUAAUGAUAAUAAUAAUGUAACAUCAUAUGAUAUGAAUGAUCCUGAUCAAUAUCAUUCAUUAUCAAAACGAUCUUAUUUUCAUACCUUUCUAUUAUAUUUUAAAAAGAAAUUAUAUUUUGAUUGUAUUCUAUAUGGAUUAAAACAAACAUCUAAAAAACAAUUUCAAUCAUUGAAUAGAAACAAUGAUUACGUAAUAUCAUGUAAAGAAUGUAGUAAUCCUACUACUAAUCAUGAUUAUGAGAGAUUAUUAAAUGAUUUAUGUCAUUGGAAUGAAUGUGGUUUAAGUCGAAUAGGUGGUUUAGUAUUAUUUAGUAUUAUUACAUCAUUAUUAUGUUUAAUUAAUACACAUUUAAUAUGGUUAUAUAAAAUUAGUAAAAUAACAAAACGUUGUGUAUUAUCUGCUGGUGAUGCUAUAAUCUUAUCUGUUUUCUAUCCAUAUUUAUUAAAGGUUUGUCAUUCAGUAUUACCUUAUAUGUUAAUAAUCAGUUCAAUUGUAUUACUUAGUUUGAUAGCUAUACAUAAAUCCCGUAUAUAUCAUGCAAAUCCUUGUUCGAAUCCUGACAAUAUUCAUAGAAACUGGAAAACAGAACAAACAAUUAUUCCACUAAAAACAUCAAUUCAUCAUUCCAAUCAUCAACAAACUAUAUUUACUGAACCAACACAAUUAACAAUUUGUUUAAGUCUUAUGUAUAUUCUAUUCGAUUUAGCUGAUAUUAUUGAAUGGUUCUAUGGUAAUAUUAUAAUACCAAAUUAUAUUCAUUCAUUUAAACAACAUUUCAAUACAAAUUUCAAUGGAAUUUAUAAUAUUAAAACAAAUCAUUCAAGCUUAUUACCACUACUUACAAAUACAUUAAAUAGUAGUAUGUUAUUAACAAAAUCUAUGAAUCAAAUAUGUUCUAUUCAACUUAUAUCUGGCUUAUUUAGAAUAUGGUCUAGUCAAAGAUUUCUAUUCAUAUUACCAAUGUUAUUAUGUCAAUCCUCGAAAUUUCGACAUUUAAUCAAAUACUAUUUCACUUAUUAUUUUCAUACAUUGAAAAUCUUACAUUGGUGUAAAUUUAGUUAUAAUUCAUCAAUUUAUAUUGAACAAACAUUGAAUACAUCAGUGGAUGAUAUUAUUCAAACUGAAUUGAAUGAAAUGAAAACUACUGAUGAAGAAAUUAGUAGUGAACAUCAUCAACAUCAACGUCAACAACAACAGCGACGACGACGACAACAACAACAACAGACUAUAAUGAAAGCUGAAUAUCAAGAUGAUUAUCAAAGAAUUCCUAGUCUUUAUUGUUGUUCAUGUAUUAAUCAAACCAUUCUAUCAAAAUGAUGUAAAUAAAAAAUAAAUAACAAGUGUUUGUACAUGAUUAGUGAGAAGUUGAAAAUUUAAAUCAUUCUCAAAAGUUCAUUUUUACCAUGAUUAUCAAGUUUCACUUUUUCCCUAAUCAAUUACUUUAAAUAAAAUAUUGAAAAUGGAAUAGAGAUAUCUCAUAUACACCAUUUUCUAAUCAAUGAACUACAUAAUAAUCUAUUAUGAUGUGUACUACUGAUAUUGAUAGGUAUAAGUAGUAUGCAUUAUAAAUCAAAAGUGAAAUAUGUGACGGCAGAAAAUUAAAAAGAUCAAUAACAAGAGAAUGAUAUGGAAACAAAAGAAUAAUGAAUUCUGAGACGAUUGAUUCAUCUUUUGCAUAUGAAGUAUUUACUGUAUGACUCUUAGAUUUUACUAAGAGAUUCUGUAAUAUUGUGUUCAAAUACAUUUGCUUGUACC